AUGCUCCCCAUCACCGUGGAGUUUGGAGGUUUCCUACUUAGCGCCCAAGCAAAUGCGGCGCACAUCAAGUGGGAACUUAUCAAAGAGAGAAUAAUCGUUGCCAGAUUUAGAACGCGGGUCCGGAACCUAACCAUAAUCCAAUGUUAUGCGCCAACCGAUGCUGCCGAGCUACUAUAUAAGGAGAAUUUUUACAGUAAACUGGAUGCCGUCGUGGAUAAAAUUCCAAAGGGUGAGAUCAAGAUCUACACCGGUGACUUCAAUGCGAAGAUCGGCUCCGACAACGUAGACUAUGAGCGUGUCAUGGGGCGCCAUGGUCUUGGAGAUAUGAGCGACAUCGGUGAGCUGUUUGCAGAAUUUUGUGGCAAUUACGACAUGGUGGUCGGGGGCUCGCACUUCCCUCAUCGCCCAACGCAUAAAGCCACGUGGGUUUCCCGCGAUGGACAUACUGAAAAUCAAAUCGACCAUAUCUGCAUCAGCCGGAAAUGGAGAUGGAGCCUUCUUGACGUCCGGAAUAAACGCAGUGCCGACAUCGCGUCUGACCACCACCUUCUCAUCGGAGAGAUUCGCCUACGUAUUGCGCGGGUCAUGCGACAGGAGGAGAGGCUCGGGCGACGAUUCAACACACGCCGAUUAGAAGACCCAGCAGUUAAGAGGUCAUUCGUGGAAGAACUGAAGACAAGAGCUGCGGGUAUUCCUGAAGGUGGCAGCGUAGAGGAACAGUUUAUGGCGUUCAAGAAUGCCUUUACAGAGACCUGCCAAAACAACCUGGGUGAACUGCGCGCCCGGAGGAAGGAAUGGAUUACGGAUGAUACCUGGCAAAAAAUCGAAGAACGGAGAGACGCAAAAGCCGCGAUAGAUCGAGCGAGAACCAGAGAAGCGAAGCGCCAAGCCCGCCAAAAGUAUUCGGCCCUCUCAAAGGAAGUAAAGCGCUCGUGUAGGCGGGAUAAGCGAGCGUGGGUGGACUCCCUGGCCGAUGAAGGUGAGAAGGCCGCAACAACCGGCGAUAUCCGUCUCCUCCAUGAUAUCUCACGACGCGGACGUGGUUGGUCAGCUGCUAACCUACCCCAUUGA